CUGUCUCUCCUUUAACGGUUGUUGUUGGUCUGAUCAACGACUAAUCUAUAAUCCGCUGGUAAAUAAUAUGCUGCCACUCCUUCUUGUUCAAAUUCUCGAGACACAGAGUGAUUGCGGCGGUGAUGGCUGUGGCGGCGGUGUUUUUGGUGGCAGUGCUCCCCUGAAUCUGAAUUGGUCUCAGGUCAAUCAAAUUGUCAAAAGAGAAUGGAGGGAUCGUCAUCCUCUUCAUCCUCUUCCGCUAUUUUUUACGACUUUCUCGAUCGAAUGCGAAACCCUGCUUCCCUCGAUCUCGUCCGAUCUAUCAAAAGUUUUAUCGUUUCCUUUUCGUUUUACGCGGCCAACCCUGAAAGUGAUGGCAAAAAGGUUCAAGAGUUCUACGCAACCAUGGAAGAUAAUAUUAGGGAUCAUCCUUUGUGGGCAGGUGCCACUGAUCAGGAAGUCGAUUGUGCAAUGGAGGGUUUGGAGAAAUAUGUCAUGACAAAGUUGUUUUCCCGUACCUUUGCUUCUUCACCCGAGGAUGCAAAGAUUGACCUUGAAACCUCGCACAAAAUACACUUGCUGCAGACCUUCUUGAAGCCAGAGCAUCUGGAUAUUCCAGUAGUUCUGCGCAAUGAAGCUUCAUGGCUGCUUGCAGAAAAAGAAAUGCAGAAAAUCAAUGCCUUCAAAGCCCCUCGUGAAAAGCUUCUCUGUAUUAUGAAUUGUUGCAAGGUCAUUAACAAUCUGUUGCUGAAUGCAUCAAUGUCAGAAAAUCAUGUAUUAGCAGGAGCUGAUGACUUCCUUCCUGUCCUUAUAUAUGUCAUGAUCAAGGCCAAUCCUCCACAAUUGCAUUCCAACCUCAGAUUUAUUCAGUUAUAUCGAAGGCAGACAAAACUUGUGUCGGAAGCGGCUUAUUACUUCACCAAUCUUGUCUCAGCCAAAACAUUUAUUCUUGAGUUAAAUGCUAAAUCUCUUUCUAUCGACGAAAUCGAAUUUGAAGAGAGUAUGCAUGCCGCAAGAUUGACCAAUAAAGGUACAGAAAAGGACGCCACACAAGCUUUGGAAGAAAUGACAACCUCACAAGGCCAGACAGAUCCUGGUUCAUCAGCGGUGUUCCAUUAUAAAGAGAGAAGUGCUACAGGUUCAUCAAAUUAUCCUUAUAUGGACAAAGAGGCUGGAGAUUUGACAGUUGGAGAUGUCGAAAGGCUGCUGAGUGCGUACAAGGAAGUGGUUACCAAGUAUACCAGUCUGUGUACGGCUGUUAGAAACCUUUCUUUUUCAAGGGCUGAACCCCAUGCCACUAAUUUAGAAGCUAAAAUUGUAGUGUCGACACAGGCGGAGGAAACAGGUAAGAAUUCCGAUCAAAGAGGAGGAUGAAGAGGCAACUUUCAAGUUCAGUUACCAUUUUUCAAAAUCAUGACAAGUUUUGUUAGGAACACAAUGAAUAAAUAGUCAUUUUCUUUUUCCGUUGA